GAGCGCGACUGUCUUUCCCGGAAGCCGGGCGGUUGUCGCCGUUGCUGGGGGAGGCGGCGAUGGCGGCGGCGCAGCAGCAGCUCUACCCGCGGAGCUCCAUCGAAGAUGACUUCAACUAUGGCACCAACGUGGCCUCGGCCAGCGUUCACAUCCGCAUGGCUUUUCUACGGAAAGUCUACAGCAUUCUUUCCGUUCAGGUUCUUUUGACCACAGUCACAUCUGCAAUUUUUCUGUACUCUACUGGAGUACAGGCAUUUGUUCAUGAAAGGCCUGCCUUGCUUUUGAUAUCUGGGUUUGGAUCUUUGGCUGUAAUCGUGGCACUGACUCUGUACAGACACCAGCAUCCUGUUAAUUUAUACCUGCUUUUUGGAUUUACCCUGCUGGAAGCACUGACAGUUGCCAUUACAGUGAGUUUCUACGAGGUGUCCAUCGUCUUGCAAGCCUUUAUUCUUACUACUGCUGUAUUUCUUGGACUGACCGCAUAUACCUUGCAGUCAAAGAGAGACUUCAGCAAAUUUGGAGCAGGGCUCUUUGCCUGUUUGUGGAUUCUCAUCUUCUCGGGUUUCUUGAGGCUGUUUUUCUACAGUGAGACAAUAGAGUUGGUGUGUGCUGCUGCUGGAGCUCUUGUGUUCUGUGGAUUUAUUAUUUAUGACACUCAUUUGCUGAUGCACAAAUUAUCCCCUGAAGAGUACAUACUGGCUGCAAUCAAUCUCUACUUGGACAUCAUCAAUCUGUUCUUACACCUCCUGCGUUUACUGGAAGCAUUUAAUAAAAAAUAGUCAAAAGUGGUGUGAUUUGACUAUAGCGUAUAUAAAGUUAAGUACCUAAAUAGCGUUUGGAUGAUCUACAGCCUGUAUAGUUCUGUCUUCUAGAGACUGAAUCUUCAUCACUUUUUCAUUCCAUGAAUAUUGAUCCCUCCUUAGGAAACAAAAAGAAGGCUUUUUAUGUAGCUAAAGUUCUUCUCUAGAAUAUAUAUUUUAUGUAGUUAACAUGCUGUCAUUAUUUCAGUCACUCUUUUAAUCACUUAAUUUGCACUUGACAUAAUUCACGAUUAAAAUGUUUGCCAACUUCUGAUUGCUCCGGGGUGAGCCUCCCUCUGCUCUUCUGCAGCCGCUGGAAUGGUUUCCUUUGGGAUUGUUAAGCGUGUGUACCGCGUAAGGGUAGCCUGAGUUUAUCAUUGUGCAAUGUUUUACUAAGCUGAAAUUGUUCCUAGUUUUUAUUUGGUAAAAUGGAAUGCUGUCUCUAACAGAGAUACUCUGUUCUCGUUAAGGGUUCUCAGAUUAUUACACAAGCUGGGAGGGCGUUAAAGGGAAUGUUCUUCCUUUAAGUAUUAUUUAUUGCUUGUCUUUCAGUGUUCUGAAAAAUCAUUUGGUGAUAGAUUCUGGCAUUUUAUCAGCUUGUGUAUAUUUAAGGUUAAUUAUAUGUCAAUAAAAAUUGGGGAAACUGUA